UACUUUGUCUUAAUUUCAAUCUCAAAAACAAGGAGAGUUGUGUUCAGCCGGAGGGUUAAUCCAAAUUAUCGAACGUUUUCAAGAUUUGCGCCAUUUUUAUCAAAGAAAUUUGGUUUUAUCUGCCCUCUCGUAUGCUGACAGAAGGCUCUCUUUCUUUCCUUUGGUUUUUUCUCUUCUGGCGUUGGACUCUAAGAGUAAUAGAAGCCACUUCUUCAUUUCUUCCAAGACAAUGCAUGGGAUGCUUCCGCUUCCCUAUGUCCAUCGUCGAAGGUGUUUUUGUUUCUACUUCUAUUUUCUUAUUCACUGCAUUAUAUGUGAUGAUGCUGCAGAUUACUAUUCGGAUUCAGGGUUAAACAAAAAAAAAAAAAGAUUACUAUUUGGACAAAUGCAUCCGAGAGAUCGACUUAUUGAAAUGUCUUCCGCCGCUAAAGAAGAAUCUUGCCCGAGCUCCUUUACUUGUAGUUCAACCUUAAAAUGGGAGUUUGAUGUUUUCUUGAGUUUUGCAGGGAGAGAUACUCGCUUAAAUUUCACGGAUCACUUAUGUGAUGCUUUCAUUAGAAGUGGCAUCAGAUGUUUUAGGGAUGAUAAAGGAAUAAAGAAAGGGGAAGUUAUUAAACAACAACUCAUUCAAGCCAUCAAGGAUUCUCUCUGUGCUGUUGUUGUUCUCUCCGAAAAUUAUGCAAAUUCUACAUGGUGCUUGGAUGAACUUGAGGAGAUUCUUGAAUCUCGAAAAAAAUUUGGAGGACAAGUUUUUCCUGUCUUCUAUGGUGUAGAUCCAUCUGAUGUAAGAUAUCAAAGAAGAAGUUUCGGAAAAGCUUUAGCCAACCAUGAAAAGAAAUGCAAAAAAAGCGAAGACAAGGUUCACAAAUGGAGAUCCGCUUUGUCGCAGGUUAGCAAUCUGUCUGGCUGGGACGCUAGAAGUCGGAAUGAAGCAGAAGUCAUUCGAGAGAUUGUUGAAACAGUAUGGAACAUUGUAUGCUCUAGUUUGCCAUCUUAUGAUGAUAAUUUAGUUGGAAUUGAGUCAAGGAUGGUUAAGAUAAAUGCUCUCUUAGAGAUAGAGGCAGAUAGCAUCUGUUUUGUAGGGAUAUGGGGUAUGGGCGGCAUUGGUAAGACAACUCUUGCUAGACUUGUUUUUGAGAGAAUCUCUGGCCAAUUUGAAAUAUCCUGCUUUCUUGCUAAUGUUAGGGAGAUUUCAGAAAGAAAAGGCAUAGUUAGUUUACAAAAUGAUAUUCUUUUACAUCUCAACAAAGGGCAAAAGAUAUAUGACGAGCAUUGUGGAAAACGAUUUUGA